AUGUCGAAGGUUAGCAAGGAAGGGAAGAAGAAGGCUGGGCGGAAGAUUAUUGACACUGAGGCCAAGAAUAAGCGUACGGCGCAGAACCGGGCUGCGCAGCGGGCGUUUCGGGAGCGGAAGGAGGCGAAACUGCGGGCUUUAGAGGAGACUAUAGUGGUUUUGAAAGGAAUGAACAGCAAGAAGAAUAGUGAGACGGAGUACUUGAAGGAGUGUCUGAGUGAGUUGCUUACGGAGGUGACCAAGUACAGGCCUGCUAACGAGAAGGACCAAGGGAUUCUCAAGAGGUUGAAGGAGAUCAAGGCCGAUGACUUGAAAAGCGUUGAAGUUGUGCCCGAGCAGCCGAGCGCGACUAACUUCAUGAACAGCCCUACGAACAUCACCACAGCGGGUUCCGAUAAGCAAGCGGAUAAAACUUCCAGUAAGAAGAGCUCUCCUCAUGUUAAGCUGGAGUCCAAUACAUCUUCUGUGUCGGUUACUUCGGAGGAAAGAGGAGUUUUGUCGCACACACCCACCACUACGAACACAUCGUUUGACACUUCCCCCUCAGUGAUUAACGAUCUACAAAGAACAGCGGCCAACAGGCUGGAGUCUACUGGAUCGUGGAUGGACUCGAUAUUUGACCAGGAUUCCAAGCUGUCAAACUUAAUGAACGACCAAUCUUUCUACCCAUUUGAUAACAUCAGCUUUGGCAAUUCCCCUGUAAUAACGAACAACUGGGGAGAGAACGAUAUGGUCGCUAAGCAAGCUGGGCUAGAGUCCUUCAAUUUUGCUAUCUCCAACAGCAACAGCACGUUCGGUUUGCCUGCGAUAGCCACGGACAUAAGCGACAUAAACGACAUUAACGACACGACGACACGGAUAGAACCGCAAUUAGCAUUCCCUGGGGAGGACAUCAAGUACUCCAGGGAGAACAUGGUGAUGAGGAGAGAGAGCUCUGCAAUGAACAACGGUGGCAUCCUAGAUACGGUGAUAAACUCGCCGAUACCCAUGCUCGAUGACAACUCGGAGGAUAUCCUCGGGGAUUUCACAUGUAGUUGCCAGAACAAAGCUAACAGCUGUCCUACACGUCAAUUGGAGAACGAGGCUAAGGCAACCCCCGUGGGCAAGAAGAUAGCAGACAUGAACCUGGACGAUGUGGAGCUACGGUGUGAGCUUCUGACGCAACAUAUAAUAUACAGAGAGCCCUUGAGCACAGUGCUACAGCUCUUGAAGCGCACACGACAUGAGAGGGACGCAAGGAGCAGCGAAGGCAAGCCGGUACUGCGGUGCGAGGAUAUCUGCGGUACUGUGGGGCCCAGUAUCGGAUACGACUCGCUCGAUUUCGAGAACUUGUGUGCUGAGCUGAUGAACAAAGCCAAAAUAUCUGACGAUGGCGACGGCACGGACAUAGUACCAAAGCGGCACGUCGUGAUCAAAGCGGGAGACCUGCAACGCACCCUCGCAAAGCAUAUCUCUUCAUAG